AUGGAAAUUCUGUCUCAUAAGAAGGAACCUUAUGAAUGGAUUGAACUGGAUCGCGUGAUCAUGGGUGGAUACGAGAGGAAUCGUGUGAAAACGACGCACAUCAAUGAGGUGGGAGACUUCGUUGACCGUGUUCGAGUUCAUCUCCAAAAUCUACUCAAAAAGCCGGUGCGGCUCCAUAUUUUUGGAUCUCUGUUGAGUGGUUUCGGUGUGUCGAAUUCUGACGUUGAUCUCUGCUUCCGGUUUCAGCCAGAUGAACAGCCUCUGCGUUUUUUUUUCAGCAUUAGUUAUUACAAUGUGUUGGCACUUUCAAAUACGGAGAUGCUCAAGAAGUAUUGCUCGUGGGACUGUCGAGUUGCACCUCUUGGCGUUUGGAUAAAAGCGGUGAAUAGCUUUCAGUGGGCGAAGUCGUGCGAUAUCGGAGAUGCGUCUCGCGGAUCGUUGUCCUCAUACGCGUUCAUUAUUUUGCUCCUUCAUUUCCUGCAAAAUUGUGAUCCGCCGGUACUACCGCGACUGCAAGAGGACUUCCGAGACAACAAUGUGCAGCCAAUUAUGGUAGAAAACUGCGACGUUUACUUUUAUCGUGAUGUGAUCCCUGACUGGUCGCAAAACAGACAGUCGAUCAGUGAGCUGUUCGUCGGGUUUCUCAACUAUUACGCUCAGUUCGACUUCGGGACGCAGGUUGUUCAAAUUCGUCGCAAGAAACCUUUGUUGAAAAUGGAAAAGGAUUGGAAUCGUCCGUUGUGCAUAGAAGAUCCAUUCGAUCUACACCAUAACUUG